AUGUUUGCAGCAGUACAGGAGGGCAAGGAGUCCCCAUUCCUCAGCAGGCUCCAGUCCAGCAGGACUUUCAACUCUCCAGACUGCGCUGGCAGCAUGGCAGAGGUGUACAGAAUAGGCAGACGCCUGGAAGGCCUCAAGGGGAGCUCAAGUGUGUCUGACGUUGCAUCUGACGAAGCGCUGGAAGACUUGCGAGAUUCGCUGAAGGUUGGAAUCAAAGCAGUCUGGUCACAGGAGGCUGUCAGGCGAGGAGUGUCUGCUGCCAAGGCUGGCGAUUAUGAAAACGCACACAAGAGCUACGCGCGUGCUUUGGAGCUGGACAGGCGGAAUGUAGAUGCAUGGGUGGCCCGGGGUGCCGCCCAUGCGAAUGAUCAAAAUUUCCAGCAGGCUGCUCAGGACUUUAAGACUGCUCUGGAGAUCAAGCCAGAUGACGGCAAUGCUGCCAAGUAUCUUCAGGCCACAAAGGAUCGAAUGGCCCAGCUGGGCUUGCGCAUGCUGGCCCCUUCAGCUCGCACGCCGCCAAAAGCUGCAGACUUGUACAGAGCAGCUGGCUCAGCGGAGAGGCAGCAUGCAUCUCAAUUGCAAGCCCAGCCCGCCUCCGGCUUUAGGGACAAUUACAUGGACGCUGCCAGGAAGACAUUGGAAGACCCUGACAGGCACCAGUCAGGUGUGGGAGGUGAAAACCGGCCAGCACAGGCAUCGCCCAGCCAGGAUCAGUCGUCAGGCAGGGAAGGCAAGGAUGACAUGGACCUGCAAGAGGCCCUCAAGAUUGUCACAGAGCACUACAGCAGAAGGAACGCUCAGUUUCUAUGCCCCAUCUGUUGCUGGAAGGCGUGCUGA